GAGCAACUGGAGAACUCUGUUCCAUCAGUUCGACAACCCAGUUUUACCAUCGUUCUAUUAUCAAUUCGACUAUCACUCACUUGAGAAAAAUUAACCUCAAAUUUCCAACAUUAGUGGCUUUUUUGGUUGUUUUUACAAAAUAAAGCAAUAAAAAUCAUAUGAAUAUUCAUAUUGGAUUCCAAUAAAAAGUGUUGAAAUGGCAUUAGCAAUAAAAAUUUUCCAAAGAAAUUUAUCAACAUCAUCUAUCUGUUAUGGUAAAAAGAAUUUUCGAAAAUUUUUACUGUAUAAUAAAGCUGGUACGAGAGCUUUUAAAAAGCAACAAACGAUCAAGCCUCAUCCACUUAUUCCAAUUGAUAAAAGAGGAGUAAGAGAUGUAGGAUAUAGGGUAGACGAUCGAUUUAUAGAAGUUCCAGAAAUGAUUCCAGAACUUAUUGUACCAAACCUUGAAGGUUGUAAAUUGAAACCUUAUGUUUCAUACCAAGCAGUGAAUAUUUCUCAAUCAGAAUUCACAUCAAAGGAUUUAUUUGAUGCCGUAUACUCUCCUAAAAUAGUUUCUGACUUUCAAGCAGGAAAGUUAGAUGAGAAUGGCAAUCCUCUAAAACCAAAUGAGAAUGAAUUAUUAACACCAGAAGAAGCAAAAAAUAGGGCAUUAAAAACAGGAAGUGACAUAUUUACUCAAAAGCUUGAACAACCAGAAGAAAAAUAUCGAAACUAUGUUGUUUAAAUUUAUUGUCGUAGAAUGUGAUUAUUUCAAGUAUUUCACAUGUUAUAACUUGAACAAUUCAUGCUGCUAAACUAGUGGACCUAUUUUUUCCAUUAAAAUCACCAUGAAAGAUGAUUCAUAGAAUUUAAAAAAUUUCUACUAACCUUUUUGUAUAUAUUUAUUUUAUAAACUAAUUAUUAUUAAUUAUUAUGUAGGUUUACUACGUGCACCAAUACGUAAAUUAGCGAUAUUAUUCUUUAAUAAAUAAUUCCUUUCAUCAAUUCAAUUUUAUUUUAAUCUCUCAUGAAUAUCGCUAUACGCUUGCCAUACUUUGAUAUGAUAAUAAAAACCCUUUAUCGCUCAUUUUACAAUUGAUAACAGUUUUAUUUUAUAUACCCUAUAAAAUAUUCACGAUUAUUGACUACAUUAGACCUUGUAUUGCAAAUCUAUGGGUACAUAUCACAAUAUCAUUAUUUCACUUUUUCCAUCUGUAGCAAUUAUACUCGUUUUUUUCUUUUUUAAGACCAAUCAAAUGUUAAUGAAUAAAUAUUUAUAUAGCAAUACUAUUAUUACGGAAAUCAUUCUUUUUAUUAUUAUUAUUAUGAUUGAUCAAAAAUCUCUGAUUUCAGUCUAUGACAUCU